AUGUCUGUCGUCCCCUAUCCAGUUCCUACCACGUCUACGCAAUGGCAAAGUUUCUAUGGAGGUGCAACGUCCACCGAGAGCUGCCUUUACUAUGACAAGUAUGGUAACCUGAAUGUUGAACUCACGCUAAAUGGCAACGCCAUUCUUCCUGAUUACAUGUCGCUCGCUCGUGAAGUCCAAAGACACCCAACCGCGCCGAUCAAUAUCUCACUCUGGCACUGGCCUGCCAUCGAGCUGAGCCUAUCACUCCAACCUCACAUGUCCCUGCUCUGGAGCGUUUUUCAUCGUUGGCACACUGCUAGGUUUGACAUCCCUCUGCUCAACUAUCUUAUGAAGAAGACGUCUUGGAUGGAUGCAGAGCGUCCGCGGCCGCAUUACUUCACCAGCCUGAUGAUACGGAAUAUAGGCAAAGCAGGAGAACUGGCGCCCUCCCUCACGCGGCUGAUUACAGUGUUGUUGUGCAAUCGAUACGCAAGCCUCCAUCGCAUUGAUAUAUGUGACUCUGGAUACACCAUGCCGCCGCUCAAAUAUCUAGCUAAAAUACCGUUCGAGAAUUUGACGAGCAUCCGGUUUCUCGAUACCCGCUGCUCAGCCGCCCAAGCGCACGAGAUACUACAGGGGUCACUCAACGUACGGGAGUUUUACGCGACAGCCAUCACCGGACCCAACCCGCGCGCUGAGGUCUUCGUAGCGGCGUGUGUGAACCUCCGCGUGCUCAACAUCCAACUCGACGAGCUGGACUUUGACCGCGAUGACUUUGGCCAUGUCUUUGCGCUGCUCGACAGAAUCGCCGCGCCGGACCUCGAACAACUCACCCUCGGCUACGAGAGCGAUUGGAGCUCUACACACUUUGCAGAAUUUUAUGUCGCUGUGCAGCCGCGCAUCCGGAAGCUUCAUCUGCACAAGAUGAGGCUGAACGAGGUCCAGCUUAUGAACGCGCUUCGGCUGAAUGAAGAUAUUGAGGAGCUGAUUUUAGAUGGUCAGGAGGAUCAUUGGCGGGGUGCACCCCCUCCACUGUUGUUCUCUGAGCGGAGUUGUCCGUUUUAUAUGACCAACCCAAAUGGGUACCUUAUACCAGACCUGAAAAACUUGACUGUGAGAGAUAACUGUAUUGACGAGAGUGGGUCCUUUGGCCAGUUGGUCCGGGAUAGAUUCAAGCAUGACAAUUUGAAGGAGGUUGUCAUCCUAGGGGAGCCAGACGGAAAAGGGCUGUGUCGCGAGGAUCGGAAAAUAUUGCAGUACCUCUCAUCAAAAGGGCUUCGCCUUUCCUUUCUAGAAUCUCUUCCAGAGGCUUCGUGUUAA